AUGGACGAUAUUUAUUUGGCAGAAUUUCAUGGUUUCAUUGAUGAAAAGACAUGGGAAAUUGCUAAAUUGAGUAUUCAUUAUCUUGAUACACUAAAAGAAAACACUUUUAAAGUGUUUAAUAAUGGAGGAAUUCUGGAGAAAUAUUCCCAUUUACGAGAUUUGAUUGAAAUUGUAAGGAUAUGUGUUUUACAUGGAAUAUUGAUAGGGAUAAACCAUCUGGAAAAAACACAAGAAAUAUAUGAGUAUGAUUAUGGUUCUUUGUAUCAUUUUGUAAAAAUAUUUCCAGAGCUAAAUGAAUUAGGAAAAGUUGAUGAUAUGUGUUUUUUAUCAUUUCUUUUAAUGAAUAAAGUAUUUACUGGAUUUCUUGAAUCUAUCAAAAAUCCUUUAUCAAAAUGGAAUCAGAGAAUAACAAUGUAUUAUCAUCAUGCAAGUAUUUUGAGGUAUAAUGAGUUUUUGAAAGAAUUCAUUUUUAUAAUCAGUAGUUUUGAGAAUUGUCUGAGAAUCAAAAAUUUUCAUAUUCCUAGUAAUUGGAUGACUCAUUUUGCAAAAUUAUCAUUAAGAUGGAACAAUUUUGGUAAUGAUCAAACAGAAAUAUCGUUUAUUAAUGAAAAUUUUGGGAAUAUAAAUCAUAAAAAAUUUCACCGUGAGGAUAAUGAUAAAAAGUUUGUUAGAAAUAAUCCAAAUCUAAGUGAUAUAGAAUUUGAUUCAAAAUCUUCAUUAAAUAUUUUGCUAAGACAAGAAUUCGAACAAAAUUUUAGUCUUAAUGAUUAUAAUAUCUAUGAUGAUAGAAAUUUUAUUUCAAAAUCAAGUAUAUUAAAUUCCAAUGCAACAAUUAUCACAGAUUACAAUUCAAAUUGUGAUUUAAAUCAUGAUAUGUUUGCUGAUGAUGAUCGCACUGUUGUAUAUAAUGAAGGGAAUAUUCAAGAUAUUGAAGAAUUAUUGGGGAAUAUGUGGGGUCCAAUAUUUGAUUAUUCUCCAGUCUCUGGAGAAAUUGGUUUAGAUAAUAAUGAAAAUCAGGGAAACUACGAUAAUAAUAAGAAGAAAAUACUUGAAAUAGAAGAUAAAAAAGACAAUAUGAACAUAAAUAGUACACAGAAUGAUUUUUUUAAUGCAUAUAUUGAAAGAGAGAAUACUGAAAAUAUUGAUAAUCAUUUGUUAUUAGGUAAAAAAACUGACUUAUCUUAUUUCAAGAUUAAUUAUGAGUUAAAAUUAAUGAGAAAUGAUAUUGAUGACACAAGAGAAAGGUAUCUUUAUUAUUAUCAUAUUCCAUUAAACAAACAAGAAGAAAGGCUAAUAUUAGAAUUACAGAAUUACAAGUGUUUUACAAAUCAUUGUGAAAGCAGACUGGAAUUUGAUGAAGAAUCUAAACUAAAUUUCUGUUGUUUUACUGGUUAUUUUUAUUGUGAUCAUUGUUUUGGACCAAAUACAUGUUCAAUUCUGCCAGGUCUUCUUGCAAAAUAUGGAAAUUUGACUCCUGUUCCAGUGUCAUUUAAGUCUAAAGAAAAAUUAAAAAGUCUUGAGAAUAUACCAUUGAUUAAGAUUAAUUCAUUAACAGCUGAAAUAUGGGAAUCUAAUAAAUAUAUUAAACAAUUAGUAUAUUUAAAAUCAUAUUUAUCAUCAUUAUUAGUUUUGAAAGAUUUUGAUGAUAAGGAAAGAGAUAAUCAUAAUAUUCAAAUUCCAGUAAAUAAUUACAAAAUUAAAUGCCAAUAUAAAGAAUCAAUAAAAAGAAGAAUAAUGAGAGAAUAUGAUAUGGUUUAUCAAUUUGGUAGAUAUGAUUAUUUUUCAGUCAGACAAUUAACAGAAAUAGCUUAUGAGAUAUUUUCACAAGAAGUUACAAUGUAUUCAAAUGAGACGAAUCUUCAAAGUAUUGUAAAAGAAAUGGCCAAGAUUGCAGUAAAUUGGAGAAAACACCUUUCAAAAUGUAUUCAUUGUCAGUAUCAAAAUAAAAAUUCUAAAGAUUCAAUUUUAUGUUUGAAAGAGUAA